UCUUCCACUGUCUGACUUGCAUGUUUUUUGUUCAACCAAUUUUGUUUCAGUUUUGUAACCAAAAGAUUAUUUUAUACCUUCUGGUUCUGAAUGCUGCCAUUUUGUUUUAUUUUUAAACACUUUAAUCUGCAGGUGGAGUUGGAAUUUUCUCUGAAAUUGUCUGUUCUGAAGUUUUUGAUAAAAUGGUUUUUUGCUGGCAAAUCCUUUUAUAUUUUAAUAAGGGAAUAGCUUUUUAGCCCUUGACUAUUUUAUGGGGAUAGGAAGGUUUUGGGAUCUGAGAUAGAUCUCUAUCGUUUUGACCAUGUUCCCUGAUUUCCUUCAUGCGAUUCCUGUAUCUCUGAAGAACAGUGCAAUCAGACUAGUCUUUUUGGUUGAAAAUAUUCAAAGAACAACCUGCGACUGUUGAUGAAAAUUUCCCCAUGAAUCUCUACCUGUCUGCACCAUGAAAUUAGAAGGAAAAGUGGCUUUUCGGCAUUCAAAUAUUGGUCUUGAGCCUGAAUCUGAGUCGUUUGUGUUUAUUGACGACGAUCGAAUUUCUGAUGGAUACAAAUUACCGAGCCAGAAACUGAAGGAAUAUGAGAAUGAACAAGGUUUAGAUUCAUUACAAUAUGACAUGGAGUCAGUUGAUUGUGAAAAAAAUGAAUAUGAAGCAAAGGUAAAGGAUUUGGUUGAGCCAGUAUCUCACUUUAAUCCUAGAGAAGGAGAAGAGUUGCCUAGGAAUUCUGUGGAUGUUUACAUGGUCAAAACUGUUACAGAAUGUGAACCACAUCCAGAAGUGUGUUACAAUGAGAGUAAUUAUCAUGUUGUGAAGGAUAUAUGCAUCGAUGAGGGAGUCCUUAAGAAGGAUAAUGUGGUGUUUGUGACUCCUCUCGACGAAAAGUCGCACGAUUUCUUCCCUUUCGAGAGUUGUGAAACUAAAGAAAAACAGAAAGACAACACCACUAUCAAUGUACUAAGCCUAACACCAACAGAGGAGUCUGAUAAGGUUUCUGCUAAUCAUAAUCAGCACAAGGAUUUGAUGCUCACUGACGUUUCUGGUGAUGUCAACAAAGAGACACCUUCACUGGGAGGCAAGGUUUUGUUGCAAGACUUACUCACUGAGGACUCUGCAUCUUCUGAUGACAAGGGUGAACAGAUGGAGCCUGAAGCAAUGUUGAGUAGCCCUUCUUUGUCAGUGGCAGAUGGUGAAUCAAAGAAAGACAACAAGCCUCAAGAGCCUGCAGAUUGUGGUAAAGAAGAAUGCAGCCAAGCUGGGAGUUGUAAAUGUGCUGAAAUUCAUCAUACAAGCAGGCCAAUAGAAUGGAAGAGUGACGAUCAGUCGGUGACUAGCCUCAUUCGUCACAGCUUAGGCGAGUCAAGUUUCUCUGCCGUCGGUCCGGUGUCAGGUCGAAUAAGUUACUCAGGGCCGGUACCUUACUCCGGCAGCAUCUCCCUCCGGUCAGAUAGCAGCACGACUAGCACGCGAUCCUUUGCAUUUCCAAUAAUUCAAUCUGAAUGGAAUAGCAGCCCGGUUAGGAUGGCGAAGGCCGACCGGGGGCAUCACCGGAAGCAGCGGUGCUGCUGGACGGGUGGCUUUCUUUGCUGUAAAUUCUGAGAGAUUAGUUUCCUUUUGAAUAGGUUCUAAAGAUUCUGAUAUAUCAUUUAAAUUCUACAUGAGUUUCAUGCUUAUACAUCAUCACCCUAGCUGUUGAGUAGUGUGCAGUAGGUUUAGAAUGGCCAGCCAAUGCUCCUGAAUGUUUGCAGGCAAACAAAGUAGUCUUUUUAGCUCAGCUUGCUUAUGCUUCUCUCCUUUUUUUUUCUCUUUUCCUAUACAUGGUUUCAUUGAUUUUUUUAUUUUAUUUCAAUUACAAACAAUUCGCAGUACAUAUUAGCUUUUCAUCUUUUCAUGUAUAACUGCAAGCUUUUGAGUUAGAAGGUGGUUAGUUUAAUCAUUGAAGCCUUCUUGAUUUGGAUAUGAAUCUACUUCAAAAUGUUGCCCA